ACAGCCCAUACUAGCGAGUCUGAACUCAGCGGCAUUGGCCAGCAUGCAGGCCUCCGCGGAGGCCAACUCGCGGAAUAUAACGACCAUGGAAUGGCUCUACAAGAAGGAGCCCUUAUUCACGCUUGCCCACUUCUGGCAACAGAGAGCGACUUCGGCGGAGAAAGAAAUAGCCGCGUUAAAAGAACAGCUCGCUGCAACGAAUGACAACAAUUCCAAGACUGAGGGACACCAAUUGUCUCAGCCUCCGCAGGGAAGCGAUCAACAACAGGUACACGAUGCCAGCAAUCCCAGAAGGACGCCGAACAGUAACCUCGAGCAGGAGCUGCAGGCCAAAGACAAAGAGAUCAACCAGUUGGUUGAGGAGGUGUCCAGGCUACAACAGAGCUUGCAACGCCUUCAGGAAACAAGUGCGCAAGCAACGGCACGGCUUGAGGAGGAACUCGAAGUGCGCAGGCAGCACAUCAACAGAUUGGAGAGCAAAUUGGAACGGCAGAGGGACUAUGAUGACCUGAAGCGCGAAAUCAGUGUAUUGAGAUCAGUCGACCUUUCGCAAAUACCAACUGGCGAACCUGGAAAGAGCUUGGAACAUCUUCUUAUGGAACGUUUCAAAGCGCUUCAGCAAGCCGAAACCUUGAAACCCUCCAAUACACCAGAUGCACUCGGUGGAUUAUCGUCACCCCUGCAGCGCGCCUCGACCGCCUCGCCCCACGGGGUCGGAGGUGUGCCACCUACGUCCCAUGUGUCCUCCCAGCAACCACCGCCACCGCCUCCGACAGCAGCUUCCCUCCCUCCACGUUCCACCCCGACGCCCUCUUCGGCCACUUCGACGACUUCGAGCCUCCUCUUCCCGCCACCCCUACAGAACGUCGAGACCUUCGGCUCGUUUCUCGGUGAAGAAAUCGUCGCCAAUUGGAGGCGGACAUUGGAAAGGUCUAUCAUGAACCAACAGCAGCAGCAACAACAGCAGCAGCAGCAGCAGCAACAGCAGCAGCAACAGCAACAACAGCAGCAACAAUCACAGCCAUCUCAAUUAAGCCAGUUAACUCAACAACAACAAUUACAACAAGCCCAGCCGCACAUGGGCUUACACCCGCCAACAACGCCAAGUAGUUUAAAUCAUCUUCCAUCACCGGGUGCGGAUCCAUCGUCCACUUCAAACACUCCGGUGAAAUCGAACACACCGAUCGGUACAAUAUCCUUGGGCAGUCUAGAUGUUACUGAGAAAGCUCCAACGCCGGUAUCGGGACAUGACACACCAGCUCCUCCAACACCAUCCUCCACAACCGCCUUGACAUCGCCACCGAGCUUCCAACCACCGACGUCGAUGGUGGAAACUAAUACUCCUUCAGCUUCCAUCAAUGGCAGCGGUCUCACGUCCGGCGUAUCAAGUGCACCGCCCCCGAAGAGUCCGCCUGAUCAAGAAUCAUGUCACAAUAAUAACAAUAGCCAUCAUCUAGCAAAUAAUAAUAUCGGCGGACUAAGCGUUCUUGAUACGUUGAAAAGUCCGUUUCGGUUUGACGAUCGAACGUAUCCCUUCCGAUUCGGCGACGAGUUCGGUGCCGCCGGUAUGGCCGGUCGGCUGGGCGAGUCUCUCAUUCCAAAGGGCGAUCCCAUGGAAGCGAGAUUGCAGGAAAUGUUACGUCAUAAUAUGGACAAGUACGCCUCACAAAAUCUUGACACUCUUCACAUAGCCAGGCGGGUGCGCGAACUAUUGUCGAUACACAAUAUCGGUCAGAGACUAUUCGCCAAAUAUGUCCUCGGGCUAAGUCAAGGCACAGUCAGCGAGUUGCUUAGCAAGCCCAAGCCUUGGGACAAGUUAACCGAAAAGGGCCGCGACAGUUAUCGGAAGAUGCACGGUUGGGCUUGCGACGAGAACGCCGUGAUGCUGCUCAAGUCCCUCAUCCCCAAGAAAGAGUAUGUUUCAGGCAAGGAGCAAGGAAUGCCAGCAUUCGCACGUGGACCACAGGAUAGUGGUCCGCAAGAAAUGAGUGAUGAAAGAUUGGCACAUAUUCUGGAAUCAGGCCAUAUGCAAAUGAGAGGUGAACACGAGAUAUCGAACGAUGCUGACAGCAAGAGUCCGAACAGAAUCGGUUGCCCGAGUCCGUUCAACAAAGACAGACUGGACAGCCAAAAUAGGAGACUGAAGAAGUACGAAAACGACGACAUUCCCCAGGAGAAGGUAGUAAGGAUUUACCAAGAAGAAUUGGCUAAGCUGAUGGGCACGAGAGUGGAGAAUCUUCGUCCGCGAGAGUUCCCUAGCGGUACGCAGAGCAGUCUUCAAGGCAUCGAGCGCACCCAGGAAGACAUUCGAUUGGCAUUGGACGCUUAUCACCGUGAGCUCCAAAAAUUGAAUGCAGCUCCAGGUCAGAAUCCCUCGAUGACCGGACUGCCAGGAUUGCCUGGAUUACCAGGUUUGUUGGCACUUCAGCAACAAGCUCUUCAACAACAUCAUCUAGCCGCGAACGGCGGUGGUGGUGUUCAGGACUUGAGUUUAGGUAAAGUGGAUCCGCGCAAUAAAAUGAUAAACGGUGUGUCGGAAGAAGAAAAAGAGAAGAUGGAAGAGGCGAUGAGACACGCCGGAAGUGCAUUCUCUUUGGUGAGGCCAAAGCAAGAAUCGACAGGUCCUCAAUCGACGCCUGGCGGUUCUAGCGCGAGUUCACCGCUUGGCAAUUCCAUACUUCCCCCUGCGAUGACACCUAACGAAGAGUUCUCCAGUGCGGCGGCAGCCAGUCCUCUUCAGAGAAUGGCCUCCAUCACGAACAGUCUGAUAAGUCAACCGUCCACCCCAACUCAUCAUUCGGCCAAUCAAAGACCACUGAAAGCUGUGCUUCCUCCGAUCACACAGCAGCAGUUCGACCUGUACAAUAAUCUUAAUACAGAAGAUAUUGUGAAAAGGGUGAAGGAACAGCUGUCUCAGUAUUCAAUUUCGCAGCGGCUAUUCGGCGAAUCAGUAUUGGGUCUAUCUCAGGGAUCAGUAUCAGACCUUCUCGCGCGUCCAAAACCGUGGCACAUGCUAACUCAAAAAGGUCGUGAACCCUUUAUCCGGAUGAAAAUGUUCCUCGAAGAUGACAACGCGGUGCACAAACUCGUCGCCAGCCAAUACAAGAUCGCACCGGAGAAGCUAAUGAGGACCGGCGGCUACGGCGGCCUGCCUCCUUGUGGAACACCUAUGAAACCUAUGCCACCAACAAAACUCGUCCAAGAACAGCUUCAGAACGCAGCGAAGGCGCAGGCCGCCGCUCAAGCAGCUGCACAAGCAGCAGCCCAACAGCAUCAGCAGGAAAAUCAGAUGCAACUCGGCCCACCACAACAAAGUCCUCAGCAUCCGCAGCAUCCACAGCCGCCACCACCGAUGAUGUUAACCCCACCCGGACCUCAUCAUCCUCAUACUCAGCUCAGCAUGCAAGAACUCCAAAAGAAACAACAACAACAACAGCAACAACAAAUGUCACUACACUCGCCACAUCAUCAGAUGGCUCCAUCGCCUCUUCGAAGUCUUCAUCCUCACAUUUCACCAAGCGUAUACGAGAUGGCCGCCCUUACGCAGGAUCUCGACACACAGACAAUCACAACAAAGAUCAAAGAAGCGUUAUUAGCUAACAACAUUGGCCAGAAGAUUUUCGGUGAAGCAGUUCUUGGUCUAUCACAGGGCUCUGUCAGUGAGUUACUGAGCAAACCGAAACCGUGGCAUAUGCUUAGUAUAAAAGGCCGAGAGCCUUUCAUUAGAAUGCAGCUUUGGCUGUCAGAUGCACACAACGUUGAUCGACUGCAGGCGUUGAAGAAUGAACGACGAGAGGCAAACAAAAGACGACGUAGCAGUGGUCCUGGUCACGAUAAUAGCUCUGACACCUCGAGCAACGACACAGCCGAAUUCUAUCACGCGGCAUCACCCGGUCCAGGGCCUACUACCGGAAAGAAGCAGCGCGUUCUUUUCUCAGAAGAACAGAAGGAAGCCCUCAGACUCGCUUUCGCCUUAGACCCUUAUCCCAAUGUGGCUACCAUCGAAUUCCUCGCCAGUGAACUGGCCCUGUCGUCGAGAACGAUAACAAACUGGUUUCACAAUCAUCGAAUGAGACUGAAACAACAAACACCGCACGGCCAACCAGAACCGCAGUCGCCGCGAGAACCUGGUCAACCGUUCGAUCCUGUUCAAUUCAGAUUACUGUUAAACCAAAGACUGCUGGAGAUUCAAAAAGAGAGACUGGGUCUAGGAAAUGUACCUUUACCUUACUCUCCGUACUUCAAUCCUAACCUCGCGGCCCUCGUAGGUAAUGCACUGAAAGAACAAUGCUCUGGUCUGGACCUCUCGAUGAAUGCACUAAAGAGAGAGCCCAAUCAAGAAUUCGAAGACGAAGAUGUCGACGAUGCGAUGAGCAAUCUAGGUAGUGAGGACUCGGAAGGCUCGGCCAGCAGUAUAAAGAGAGAACCUACAGAAACACCGACGGCACCUACGACGGUCAGGUCCAACAGAAGAAAACCCGCGGCACCGCAAUGGGUGAAUCCGGAAUGGCAAGAACCAGCGAGAACAGGCGACGAAGUUAUCAUCAAUGGAGUUUGUGUGAUGCAGACGGACGAUUAUGGAGUAAAAAGAGAGGCCGAGGAGACCAUAAGAGUUGAACCGACACCCGUGCAAGAUCGAUAUGAAGAAGAUGCUCAGAGCGAUGUCUCUUCCGUGUCUGGCAACAAUGGGGCCGAUCGGGAUAGUCCGCUUCCCAGUCCAAAAUCUGGUCAAAACAGUCCAGCGACGUCGCUCAGACCGCCGUCGGCGCAACAGACGCAACAGUCCACGGAGGAAAGUCCGAAGGACGUGGUGAAACACGAACCGGAGGAAACGUGGGAUUACUAAAGAGAAUUCGAGGCAUAAAAUUCCAUGGGAUUAUCCGCGAGCUCGAUGUUUCUUCUUCGGACAAAGUCGAAACUCGAGUGGAGUGUCCGACAUGUUUCCAAGGUCGUAUUGUUGAAAUAUGCCAAAACGACGCUUUGUAAGAAAAGACGUUCCGCGAGGUCUAGUUAAGUUUUAAAUGACAAAACCAGCUAUAGGACUCGAUCGUGCGAGUCCUGCCUACGACGAGGGCAUUAUCAUAGUGAGGCGAACGCGAAGAAUCUAAAAAGAUGUCAUCGGAAAGGAAACGAGAAGAUAUCUUGGUCGAUGGACGAGCGCCAGGAGAACAAAACGAUCAAAACUGAACGGAGCUCAAUCAAAAGGACUCACAUUGUGACGUUUUCUAUGCGGCAAGUGUUACGAAAUUAGUGUCGGUGCGCGCGGGUCAACGGCGAGAUCGUAUCAUUUAGAGGACUGUGAAGUACAACGGGGCCGGCUGUGGAAGGACGACGGGCUCUCGUUGCAAUUCGCUCGAAAUUCGAGAGAACCCCGGCCGCUUUCGCUUUCGGAUGACACCCCUCCCGUUGAUGAAUGAUCGAUUGGGUAUCAUUCCACAGAGGAGGGGAGACUAGGAGCGGACUAGAUAAUGCACGGAAAACGGAGGUGGUCCGGGUUCGCCACAGUGCAAUCUCCCAAUAACUAAUUGUUAGAUCGAAUUAUUAUUAAUUUUUAACGACAAUUUCGCGCGACGGAACGGCCGAUUAAUAAUUAUUGCAUAAUUGUGAUUCAUGUUAUUGUUUAUACUCGCCUCCCUGUAUCCUCCAUAGCGAUUAAGCUGUUAAUGUUGUAUACUUCUCUCUCUAUCUCCAGUUACGUAUCUUUUUAUCUCUUUCGGUUAAGACUCGACGCGUUUCCCCUUUCUCUUUUUCCUACUUCUUGCUUAUCCAUCUAUUUAUACAAUUGCGAGAAUGAUCACUUA